CUGUGGACUUGGUUUGGAGUAAGCUUAUAGUGGAUAUGCUGCGCCGUGAAUAUAAUAAUACAUAAAGGUGAAGAGUGUCCCUUCUUGUCUCUUUCUUUUCAUCUUCCUUUGUUUCUACUUCCUUGCAUACCCCUCAACCCCACUUGACCCGUGAAAAAUGGACUCGAAACAGUUCAAGGAGGCCGCCACAUCAGCAAUUGAUGAGAUUGUGAGCUACUACGACACGAUUCAAGACCGCCGAGUGGUCAGCAAUGUCCAGCCAGGAUAUCUCAAAAAGCUCCUCCCUGAUGGACCCCCCCAAGAUGGAGAGGCCUGGGCAGAUAUUCAGAAGGAUAUCGAGUCGAAGAUAAUGCCAGGCCUUACCCAUUGGCAGUCUCCCAAUUUCAUGGCCUUCUUCCCUGCCUCGUCCUCCUUCCCCGGCAUGCUAGGUGAACUGUACUCUGCCGCAUUCACCGCCCCAUCAUUCAAUUGGAUAUGCUCUCCUGCUGUCACCGAACUUGAAACCAUUGUCUUGGAUUGGCUUGCGAAGCUCUUAAACCUUCCGGAUUGUUACCUAUCGACUUCACAUGGAGGAGGCGUCAUUCAAGGCUCUGCAUCUGAAGCCAUUGUAUGCUGUAUGGUCGCUGCGCGCGACAAGUACCUUCGAGAGACCACCUCCCAUUUAUCCGGUAUAGAAUUGGAAGACGCAAUUGCAUACAAAAGAAGCAGAAUGGUGGCAUUGGGAAGCGACGCGGCCCACAGUUCAACACAAAAGGCGGCACAGAUAGCUGGAGUUCGAUACCGCUCCAUUCCAGUUACUAAGGAGACCGACUUUGCCUUGACAGGUGUAGCACUAGCGGAGGCCCUCGAACAGUUUAAAGCAGAAGGACUUGAGCCCUUCUAUUUGACCACGACUCUUGGAACUACCUCGACCUGCGCUGUCGAUGAUUUCGAAUCGAUCGCUUCAAUCCUUUCAAAAUACGCACCUCCAGAUGUUCCCGGUGAAAUCUGGGUGCACGUAGAUGGAGCGUAUGCUGGAGCAGCUCUCGUUUGCCCUGAAUACCACCACCUCACAACGGCUUUCAAGCAUUUCCAUUCCUUCGACAUGAAUAUGCACAAGUGGCUUCUCACAAACUUCGAUGCCUCCUGUCUUUAUGUAAAGAAACGGAAGGAUCUCAUCGAUGCGUUAUCCAUUAUGCCAAGUUAUCUUCGCAACGAGUUCUCCGAAAGUGGUCUUGUAACAGACUAUCGAGACUGGCAGAUUCCACUCGGAAGAAGAUUCAGGAGCUUGAAGAUAUGGUUUGUCCUGCGGACCUAUGGUGUCAAGGGAUUGCAGGCCCAUAUCAGAAAGACCGUCAAGCUUGGAGAAACUUUCGCUGGGCUGAUCGAGACGAGGAAAGAUCUUUUCGAAAUUGUUACUGGGCCAAGCUUUGCCCUUACUGUCUUCACCAUUGUACCGAAAGUUGCGGGCAAAGGAGAGCAAGACAGGAUCACUAAGGAUGUUUACGAGACGGUUAAUAAAAGGGGCGAGGUUUAUAUAACAUCAAGUGUUGUUGGCGGUGUCUACGUGAUACGGGUGGUAAGCGCCAAUCCUCUGGCAGAAGAAAAGUACCUCAGGAAAGCAUUCAGGAUCUUAGUGGAGACAACUGAGGAGCUUCGGGAUGGCAGAGUUCCCCGAGAGGAGUCCUCGAAAGGCGUUAUCGUAGAUGUCAAGGGUGUUGGUAUCGAAAAAGUGGCUGCAUUGAAUGGCAACGGAGUGGCGAAAUAGAUGCAGCUCAUGAUUAUCGAAAAUGUGGCUGCAUUGAAUGGCAAUGGAGUGGCGAAAUAGAUGCAGCACAUGAUGUUUCUCAAUAAUGUCCCGUGCCGUCGUUUCGAAUAAGCGCAGAGAGCUGAUUCGGGGACGUUCAGGACGCAGUUCAGGCGCAUGCAUAGAUAGCUCUGUUUUUGAAUAUGUUCUUGAAGAAAUGAUAGACGGCGGUUGAGUCUCCGCAUCCUUCUAGUCUGAUUUUGGUGUAAGACU